AUGUUCAGAAAUUUUGUCCUUUGGAAAUACAGUGAAGGCAACGCCAAAGGGCGGGUGAAAGAAUAUCCUAAAUUUUGUAUUCUCAAUAUCAAUAUCCAAGUCAUCAUUGAUGGCACUGGCAUUGGUAGUAGUAUUGCUAUUGACAUCGAAAAAAAAACACUGGCAGAGUCUUUAUCAGCAAGCACAGACGAGCUUAUUAAAGAUAUCCCAGAAGUAAUCGAAGAGGAAGUUAAUGUAAAGUUGGAGCAGAUAGCUAUCGUAAAGGAGCUUGAGCAAAUCCUUAAAUCCAAUAAAUACAUACACAAGGUUGACAAUGUAUUGCCAGAUCUUGAGUCAAAGGAAAGAACACUUGGCUUCUUGGAUAGUCUAGGUGCAUAUGGGUUCAAAGAAGAAAUCAGAAUGUGCAAAAGCUUAUUCUAUGAAUUUUGUACGAAUUUUGUACUUUUGUCUUUUGGUGUCUUCAACUACGAAUUGAUAUCAUUGGCUAAUAUUCACACAAGAAUUUGA